UCCUUUAUGCAGGCUCCUGCUCCACCAGAAUUUGAGUAUUUGCCUCGGUAACAACACCACCACCAUAAACGGUAGCUUGACCUCUGCAAACCAUUGCUUUGCUGAAAGCCGAUAUUUGUCGCUCGUUAAAACGUGAACCUGACCAUUUAUCGUUGUACAAAGUUGUAACGCAUGCAUCUAUGCAGGAAGAACCAUCAACGGAUCAUUAUUUGCGAAAGAGUGGAGUAAAUAUCGCCCAUGCGAAGACGGAAGGGCCGGACGCGGUGUUUAGAGCGUCUCCUGCAUUCAGAGCAUCUUCAUACGACGCGUUUGGGGACGUUCACGGAGUACAGAACUCGGCAAUCGCUGAGUCUUUAGGUAGUGUGUCGCCUGGUGAUCUUUCAAGCCGAGGAGCUUGUCCGUUUACGUCGGUUGACGUGCCUACGGAAGCGGAUCUAGAGCUCAGCAGUCGUUUGAGUAAUUAUCUUUCUGUUGAUGAGUCACCGGAGCAUUCCUCACCAUCAGCUCGUAAGGCUAGCAAGUCGUUGCGUCUGUUUGAACCCUCGACCACGUCUAGACGGGAAAGCAAGGAUCGACAUAGCAAUCCCCAGUCUGAAAAAUCACAUAAUCGUCAUGACAAACGCAACGGGUCAGAUCGUCUUCGACGAUCCUCCCUUUCCAAAAACACGGGUUCUGCGUUAACGACGGGCGGACCCGCGGAGACGUCGAAGACAACAACAGCCACUUAUAUUCCGCAUCACCCUUCGUCUUCUGCGCUUCUUCUCCAUCCGGCAGUCCCCUCCACACCCGUUUCUAGUCGACAUUUGCGAACCCUUCCUCAUGAUGAUGACCUUCAUGACACCAAAGAGCAUCCCCCGUCUCACCAAACUCGCCGCUCCUCUAUUUCAUCUGCCUCUUCCGCCUCCUCCUAUUCCGUUUCCUCUUCAGCCGUCACCUCUGCGUCUACGUCGUUUGACAACGAGAAUCCUUUUUUUAACUGGGAUGAAGAUUUCCCCAUAACCGUUCAACUCGAACCAUUUAAGCAUCAGGUUGGUGGUCAUACUGCCUUUUUUCGCUUUUCUAAGCGAGCCGUAUGCAAACCAUUAACUCGGAAUGAGAACUCAUUUUACGAAACCAUCGAACAACGAUACCCGGCCCUGCUUCCUUUCAUUCCCCGGUACAUUGGUGUGCUCAAUGUCACGCAUACAUUCACAGAUACGGAAGAAGCCAAUGCUGAGCAAGGCGCUGCACAAGCACGAGGCAGAGCGUCUGAUGCUACUAAUUCAAAUCAGAGUGAUGAGGUUAAACGGAUUGUAUCGCACCGUUCAUUCGAUUACAUUCCAGAGGUGAGUGUUGAACAGAAUCGACAUAUAUUUCCUGAGUGGAUGUUUCACCAUCAUCAUCAUCAUCAUUGCUGUAGUGAUUCAAGUGAAGGGGAUCAUUCGCCGUCUGUGGGUUAUCAUAAAUCUUCGUCCAUGUCUGGACUCGACUCUGGAAGCGAACGACCUUUUACGGAUUCGCAAAUGGAAAAGCAAAGAAAUUGGGGUACUACUGUUAUUAAUCGAAAGCUCAGGGAGCAAGUUUUACGUGAAGUGUUUGCUCCCAGACGUACACGGAGAAAUGGAAACUCAGAUUGUCGUUGUCGACGCUGUCACCAUCAUCGCCAUGUACGCCCUCCUGUGUACCGCGAACAAACAAUAUCUGUGGGAAGCCAAAACCACGAAGUUCAUCGGAAGAACAGGAUUGAAAGUGAGGAAAUGAACAUGCCAUUACCAAAAUUGUCAUCAAGUGUUGGUCGUAAUGCAACAUCUAUACCAAUGGAAGAAACGGAUGAAGAGACGGGUGGCCUGUCUGAUUCUCAUGCACAUACUCGAUGCCGUCGAUACUCUUCUGAUGCUGUAUGGGAGGAUCAGGACGCCGAUGAUUAUCCUUCUUUAUCUGAGCGCGUGGCACAAUUGCCUUCGUACCGACGUAGUUCCAAGCAAGAGGCGCCCGUGAUUACAGACGAUCAAGACACAAUGUUUGACAUGGAUACUGAGACUGUUUACGGUGGGGAUGUUCCUCCUCCGCUUGAGUCGCCGAAGCUUCCUCAAGAACCUAUUGCGUCCAAACAAUUGAGUGUCCCCGAGAGUCUGGAACAUAAAGUGGCACCUACAAAAGCCAAACCAAUUCACCCAUCGUCAUCGUUGGCCGCUGAUGAGUCGGCGCAGGUACAUGCGCAGACGAAACGAACUCAGAUCGAACGUUACAUUGUCAUUGAGGAUUUGACUAGUGGAAUGAAGCGUCCUUGUGUACUUGAUUUAAAGAUGGGCACACGUCAGUACGGCAUUAUGGCGAAUGAAAAGAAACGUGCUUCACAGAGCAAGAAGUGUGCUAUGACUACUUCUAGGGAACUCGGAGUUCGGAUAUGUGGAAUGCAAGUUUGGCAUAGGCAAGCUGGCUCGUAUACUUUUGAGGAUAAAUACGCUGGUCGUGACAUAAAAGCAGGAGAAGAAUUUCAACAGGCGCUCAUGCGAUUCUUAGGAAAAGGUGAAUCAGACGAAGGAAAUGAAAACGUUCAAGUCCACCACAUUCCAGUUAUCUUACGUAAACUCAGAGAAUUGGAACGUAUCAUUCGUUCGUUGAAGGGAUCUCGGCUAUAUGCAAGUUCCUUGCUCUUCAUUUACGACGGUGAACCACCAAACGAGUCUUCUGACGAUGAUGAGCAUAGAGUUCGUGAAAUUGAUAUCCGAAUUGUCGAUUUUGCAAAUUGUGUAUUUGCUGAGGAUAAGGAAGCACUUGCUAAAGCAACAUGUCCUCCACAGCAUAGAACUGCACACGAUCGUGGUUAUGUUCGCGGUUUGAGAACAUUGCGCUUGUACUUUCAAAAAAUUUGGCGUCAAGAAAUGGAACACAGCAUUUACGAGCACGGCCAUGGUGCAGAAUUUAGUCAUGACAGUUUUGAUGAAUGUUUCGAUGUAUUUCCUGAAGGUCUGGAUGAUUCUCAGGAUAGUGAAGUUUCCAUUUAACAGCGCAAACUUAUCUAUUGCUUUUUUUCCCUUUGCUGCUGAUGUGCUUUUGGAAUUGGUCUUCUCAAAAAACGUGUUUGAGUUUGGCAAGCUUAAUCGGCUUACGUUCGGUUUUGUCUCAUAUAGCUCUCUUUCCUUUUCGCUCUUUCUUUUCCUCUCUUUCUCUCUUUCAUCCCUUCAUUAAAAAUACAGUUGAUGGUCUAGUUGUUAUUAUCUUCGGGUCCGACAAAUCUCUAGAAACCUUUUGUUCGUCGUUUUCUCUUUUUGGGUUGGGAAUUGUGCUUUUAUAUUCAUAGUCAUUUCCCAAGAACUCUAUCUACUUCAUUUACCUAAUCGUAGACAUUAAUAUAGCUUUCACGAUGGUAUUUAAUUGUUCACAUAUUCAUUGUAGUCCAUUCAUAAUUUCUUCUUCCUCGUAGAUAGUGAUACUGA